CCUGCAGAAUAAGGAUCAGCUGAUCGACCGCUCUAUCUCCAUAGCUGUUGCCCAGGCAAAGCAUGGUUCCUCGAUGCAGUCCUCCAGCCUGGCUGCCCCCGGUGGCCCGAUCGCCCUCCACCCUGGCGUCGCAGCUGGUCUCUGCAUCUCCACAAUUUUACCAUGGAGGGGACUUCCAAACGUGAUGCAGCUAGUCAGCAAUCUGUUGCAGCACAGGUUCCUUUCCUUCACCUGUGUACCACUUUAGAGAAGAUCCAGAAGUCUAAACUUCGUCCUGAUAAAUCCAAGAUCCUUGGAGAUUUCAUUGACUCGUGGAGGAAGUUUCAUUCUGCCCUCCACGAAGACAAUCCCCAAACAACAGACUCUUUCUACCCAGCUAUGCGCCUCAUAGUCCCCCCUUUUGAACGAGAGCGGAUGGCAUAUGGCAUCAAAGAGAACAUGUUAGCUAAACUCUACAUCGAUGUCUUAGGUCUCCCAAAGAAUGGCCCAGAGGCCAAUAAACUGCUGAACUACCGAGCUCCGACUACAUCCCAAGGAGAAGCCGGAGACUUUGCUGGCAUGGCGUACUUUGUGCUGAAGAAACGAUGCACCAGCCAAGGAAACCUCAGCAUCAAAGAAGUCAAUGACUUUCUGGACUCAGUGGCUGUAAACAAUGCAAGCAAGCAGAAGGACCUUGUGAAAAAGAGUCUUCUGCAUCUCAUCACCCAGAGCUCACCUCUUGAGCAAAAAUGGCUCAUCAGGAUGAUUCUGAAGGACAUGAAGCUCGGGGUCAGCAAAGAAACUGUUCUCCAGGUCUUCCACCCGGAUGCCGCUGAGCUCUACAAUGUCAACACAGACUUGAACAAGGUGUGCCAGCAGCUCCACAACCCAUCUGUGUCUUUGAGUGAGGUCUCCAUUGGACUUUUCUCUGCCUUCAAGCCCAUGUUGGCAGCUGUGGCUAACAUCCGCAAUGUGGAGAAACAGAUGGGCAACAGCCAGUUUUACAUCCAGACCAAGCUGGAUGGGGAGCGUAUUCAGCUGCACAAAGAUGGAGAUGUGUACAAAUACUUCAGCCGAAAUGCUUUUGAAUACACGCAGCAGUUUGGAGGAUCCCCGCUGGAGGGCUCGCUGACUCCUUACAUCCACAACGUUUUUAAAAGCCAUGUUGUGAACUGUAUCCUUGACGGUGAGAUGAUGGCGUACAACCCAACCACAGAGACCUUCAUGCAGAAGGGGAGCAAGUUCGACAUCAAGAGGCUGAUGGAUGACUCUGAGUUACAGACAUGCUUCUGCGUGUUUGACGUGUUGUUAGUCAAUGACCAGAAGCUUAGCAAGGAAACACUGAAGAAGCGCUACGAGAUCAUUCAGACAGUUUUCACCCCAGCCAAGGGAAGGAUACACCUGGUGCCAAAGACCGAAGCUAGAACCAUGCAGGAGGUGGUGAAUGCCCUCAAUGAUGCCAUAGACAACAGAGAAGAGGGAAUCAUGGUGAAGGAUCCUUUAUCCAUCUACAAACCUGACAAGCGGGGGGAGGGAUGGCUGAAAAUAAAGCCAGAGUAUGUUGAUGGCUUGAUGGAUGAGCUUGACCUGCUGAUUGUUGGCGGCUACUGGGGGAAAGGCAGGCGGGGUGGUAUGAUGUCCCACUUCUUGUGUGCUGUUGCUGAAGCUCCGAAGCUUGGCGAGAAACCUUCAGUUUUCCACAGUUUCUGCCGCAUCGGCUCCGGCUACACCAUGAAGGAACUGUAUGACCUCGGUUUAAAGCUAGCAAAACACUGGAAAGUCUACCGGAAAAAUGACCCACCGGCAUGCAUCCUGUGUGGAACGGAGAAGCCAGAAGUCUACAUUGAACCCUGCAAUUCUGUCAUCAUCCAAGUCAAGGCAGCUGAGAUAGUCGGAAGCGACAUGUAUAAAACCAACUGUACCCUUCGCUUCCCCAGGAUUGAGAAGAUCCGUGACGACAAGGAGUGGCACCAGUGCAUGACUCUGGCAGAGCUGGACGAGUUCCGCAGCAAGGCGUCGGGGAAACUCGCCUCGCGGCACCUUCGCAUCGGUGACGACGAACCGCAAAAGAAGAAGCGCAAGCUGGCACCUAAACCCAAGAAGGUGGUGGGGAUCAUUGACCACUUUAAGCCUCAGGACCUCUCCGGGGUUACCAAGGAGACAGAUAUGUUUGAAGAUGUGGAGUUCUGUAUCCUGAAUGGCACUGAGGAUCACCCCAAGGCUGAGCUGGAAAAGGGGGUGGCCAGGUGUGGAGGAAUCGUCGUUCAAAACCCAGGACGGGACACUUACUGCGUGAUUGCCGGUGUGGAGAACAUGCGGGUCAAGAACCUGAUUUUGUCCAACCAGCACGAUGUGGUUUGGGCGACCUGGUUGCUAGAGUGCCUGGACCAGAGGAAAGUGGUCCCAUGGCAGCCACGCCACAUGAUCCACAUGUCGCCCUCCACCAGGGAGCAUUUUGCCAAGGAGUACGACAGCUACGGCGACAGCUACUUCGUGGACACAGACGAGCAGCAGCUACGAGAGGUGUUCGGCCGGAUCGACAACGGGGACCGUGGGGCCUCAGUGGCCGUGAACGUCGCACAGGUGGAGCAGCGUUACAGCUGGGACGACCUUCCCACCAGCAUGUUCAGACCCUUCAGAGUUUACAUGGACAGCUAUGCUGACAUAGGAGACCCGGAAACUGCUAUACGUACCACCUGUUUGGACAUCAGGGCGCUGGAGUUUCGCUAUCACGGAGGCACAGUUGUGCAGAAGCUGGAGGAAGGGGUCUCUCAUGUCAUCAUCAUAGAGGAGACAAGACUCCUGGAUUUGAGGACUCUGAGACGGUGCUUUAGGAAGAAGUUUAAGAUCGUUAGAGAAUCAUGGGUGACUGAUUCAAUCAAAGCAGGGUAUCUGAUGAAUGACAAUAGCUACUUGGUCUGAUGAGUCCUCAGGUGAUAUACAAAGACUUAAGUUGACACUGGAGGAAAAUCUUCUGUUUUAGCUAGCAUUUGAAUUAAGUCCUAAUAAGAUUAGUAAUAAAUUAUUCAAUAAAAGCUGAACAGUAAAAACUCCAAACAAUCAAAACCACUGCACUGUACUUGUACAGGGCUGUUACUUCACAGGGGUUUCAUACAAACUUAAUGAGUUUUAUCUUUUUAAAUACAGAUAUUUAAAUACAGAAGCUGAUUCAUCUCUUUUUUUGUCAGAUUUUUGUCUUGCUUCAAACUUUUAGCUCAGCAGUGUGAAUGACAAGGGAGUAUGCCCAUUCUUGUUUUGUUUUGUUUUUUAUUUUAAAGUGGCACUGCAGUGUUUUAGUAUUGCAAACCAUUAAAGCAGAAUUUUUAAAAAAGAAUUGUCAAACUCCAAAAACACCGCCAUCCAUCCUUAGUUUCCCAAAAUGCAACUGGACUGCAUCUUUCUUAGACUCUCAUCGCCUCCUGAUUUCACUCUUCAUCCAGACCCCACAGCUCCAGUUUGUAACGCUAAGCUUUCCGUUUAUUUUAAAUCUCAGGCCCUGACGAAAAAACCCUGACGACACUGCAGCGUUUUCUAACUGCAGCAUUACCUCCAGAGCCACUGAAGACAUUAUACUGUGAUCUGUGCCUUUGUGCUUUUAUGUCUGUUUAAUUACAUGUGAAGUAGAACUCUAAUAAAUAUAUUGA